GCCGCUGUCACGUUACCAUAGCAAUGGAGAGAAGCAAACGGGAGAAUAUACUCACCUGUUUUCAGGCAUCUGCUCGGGGAUACUUGGUGAGAAAUGAAGUCCGUCGUGCCCGAGGAGACUUCGAGGAUAUCGUGAAAGAGAUCGAUGGAGGCUUGACCCAUUUGGAGUGGCGGGAGACGGCGGUCCCGGUUCCCCGCUUCACAGACACUGACGGCCCACUUCUACGUCCCGGCAGCUCUGCCUGCAAACCUUCAAAUGCACGACGAGUUGUUUGUGCCAGUCCCCAGAGAUCAGCACCAUCAGCACCAUCAGCAGCAUCAUCAUCAGCACCAUCAGCACCAUCAUCAUCAUCAGCACCACCACCAUCAUCAGCACCAUCAGCAGCACCAUUGUCAGAGGAGACAGGAGACCAGUGUGUCCUCCCAGAGAAGAUGGAAGCAGAGAGAGAUGAUUCACAAACCAAAGGACGGGCCUCCCUCUCGCAGCACGGUGUCCAGAAAGGAAGCGCAGAGGUGGAGAAAGAUGGAGACUCCUCCUCCACCACCUGGAGCAGUUUGGAGCUGGACGUGAACUACGGUCACUCUCACAAAGCGGCCGGGCCGUCCAGCGUGGCUCCGGAGGGGCCCUGUGCCCCGGAGGCCCUGCGUCUCCAUAGAAACGCCCUGACCAUGGAGCUGGUCUGGCUGCAACAGGCCAUCGGCAGCAGGAAACAGUACUUGUCACUGAAGGACAGGCUGAGCGUCUCCUGAAGGCCUGGUUGCUGUCGAAUGACUUACAUCUGAUCCAUAAACACUCUGUGAAUACAUUGCUUUCAGUGGUAUUAAUCAUGUGUUUGACAAAAGCUGUACGUUGUAAAUAAUAUUUUCUAAUUUAACAAAUGAAUAAAUCGUAUUUUUCUCAGUAAAA